AUUCGUCCUUCUGUACUCUGACGUUUGACACCGUAAAGUACAUUUUGUUCGCCGAUGGAACACACGUAACACUGAAUUAGAUCAGAGCUACAACUUCCAACAAUGUCUUCUAACAACGGAAUUCAGAUCCCCACCCGCUUACCGUUGCUGUUGACCCAUGAAGGCGUGCUUUUACCGGGCUCUACGAUGCGAAUAAGCGUGGACACCCCAGGAAACAUGCAACUCGUAAAGAGCAGGUUGUUGAAGGGGACCUCAUUGAAAAGCACCAUCAUAGGGGUAAUCCCCAACACAAGAGACCCCGAAAACGACACCGAGAAUCUACCAUCUCUACACAGUAUCGGGGUAGCGGGCAUGGCGGUGCAGGUGGUGGGCAGUAAUUGGCCAAAGCCUCACUACACCCUCCUGAUUACUGGUGUGUGUCGCUUCCGCCUGGUGGGGCUCCUGAAGGAGCAUCCCUUCCCAGUGGCAGAGGUGGAGCAGCUGGAGCUGCUGGAGCAGUACACCACCCCUGGAGGGGCUGCCGGGACGGGCGGGGCAGCAGGGGCCAUCGGGGAGGACGGCGAGCUGAGAGACCUGUCUCAGAUGUUCUACCAGGCUGCAGUGCAGCUGGUGGGGAUGUUGGACAUGUCUGUACCUGUGGUGGCCAAACUGAGGCGACUCCUGGACAGUCUUCCGAGAGAGACCCUUCCUGACAUCCUGGCCUCCAUGAUACGCACCAGCAACAAGGAGAAACUGCAGGUCCUGGAUGCGGUGGAUCUGGAGGAGCGCUUUAAGAAGACCCUGCCCAUGCUGACCAGGCAGAUCGAAGGGCUGAAACUGCUGCACAAAACCAGGAAAGCACGACCCGAAGACAACAAGAGGGUGUUGGCAGUGCGGAAGGGAGGAAUGUUUCCAGGGCGACAGUUCUCUCUGGAAGAGGAAGGGGAGGAAGAGGAUGCUGAUGACACAGCUUCCCUAGAGAGGAAGGUGAAAGGAGCCAACAUGCCAGAACCCGCCCUCAAAGUCUGUCUUAAAGAACUCAAGAGACUGAACAAGAUGCCCCAGUCGAUGCCAGAGUCCGCCCUCACCCGCAACUACCUGGACCUGAUGGUGGAGCUGCCCUGGAGUAAGCAGACCACAGACUGCCUGGACAUCCAUGCUGCUCGUGUCCUAUUGGACAACGACCAUUACGCCAUGGAGAAAUUGAAGAGGCGCGUCCUGGAGUACCUGGCUGUGCGGCAGCUGAAGAGUAACCUCAAGGGCCCCAUCCUGUGCUUCGUGGGGCCGCCGGGGGUGGGCAAGACCAGCGUGGGCCGCUCAGUGGCCCGGACCCUGGGGAGGGAGUUCCACCGCAUCUCCCUGGGGGGGGUCUGUGACCAGUCUGACAUCCGCGGCCACAGGCGCACCUACGUGGGCAGCAUGCCCGGACGUAUCAUCAACGGCCUGAAGACAGUGGGGGUCAACAAUCCUGUGUUCCUAUUGGACGAGGUGGACAAGCUGGGCAAGAGUCUGCAGGGAGACCCUGCAGCCGCUCUGCUGGAGGUUCUGGAUCCAGAACAGAACCACAGCUUCACCGACCACUACCUGAACGUACCCUUCGACCUCUCCCAGGUUCUGUUCAUUGCCACGGCAAACACCACCACCACCAUCCCCCCGGCUCUGCUGGACAGGAUGGAGGUGCUGCAGGUGCCAGGCUACACCCAGGAGGAGAAGGUGGAGAUUGCCCACCGUCACCUGAUCCCUCACCAGCUGGAGCAGCAUGGCCUCACCCCCCAGCAGCUCCAGAUCCCCCAGGAGACCACGCUGGAGAUGACCAGCCGGUACACCCGUGAGGCGGGCGUGCGCUCCCUGGAGAGGAAGAUCGGGGCGAUCUGUCGAGCCGUGGCCGUGAAGGUCGCCGAGGGUGACAAGGUCAUGAGGUCAGAAGCCUCGCUGGCUGAGGGAGCAUCUCAGGGAGUGCAGGAUGGAGACAUGGCAGUGCCCCCGGAGAUGCCCAUAGUGAUCGACCACAUCGCUCUGAAGGACAUUCUGGGACCUCCCCUCUUUGACAUGGAGGUGUCUGAACGCCUGACCCUGCCGGGAGUGGCCAUGGGUCUGGCUUGGACUCCGCUGGGCGGGGAGAUCCUGUUUGUGGAGGCCAGCCGCACGGAGGGGGAGGGCCAGCUAACGCUCACCGGCCAGCUGGGGGACGUCAUGAAGGAGUCGGCCCAGCUCGCCAUCAGCUGGCUACGCAGCAACGCCAAGACCUACCAGCUCACCAACAGUGCGAACGCUUACAAACACACACACGCACACACACGGGACACAAUUACAUCCAGAAAACCUUGUGAUGCGUGUGUGUGUUCUGCAGUGGUGGGGGGUUCGGAUCCUCUGGAGGGGACAGACAUCCACCUGCAUUUCCCAGCGGGCGCCGUCACUAAGGACGGCCCCUCCGCCGGCGUCACCAUGGUAACGUGCCUAGCGUCUCUGUUCAGCGGCCGUUUGGUCAGGUCAGAUGUUGCCAUGACGGGAGAGAUCACACUAAGAGGACUGGUGCUUCCGGUGGGCGGGAUCAAGGACAAGGUCCUGGCAGCCCAUAGGGCAGGGUUGAAACGUCUCAUCAUCCCCAAGCGCAACGACAAGGACCUGGAGGAGAUCCCUGCCCACAUCAGGGCGGAGCUUGAAUUUGUGACUGCAGCCAAUCUUGAUGAUGUCCUGAACGCUGCUUUCGAUGGGGGGUUCCCUGUAGCCUCCCUGACACAACCACACAUGGUCAGCAAGCUGUGAUAGGCUCCUCCACCCAUCCAUCUGGUCAGCAAGCUGUGAUUGAUAGGCUCCUCCACCCGUCUAUCUGUCAGAGUUCAGUUCAUGGCCUCUUUAAGCUGUCUUUGCUUUGGAGUAUUUUCCAAACUUUUUGUCCACUGUCCAACUGAUUACAGUCCAACAACUCAUUGGAAAUGUUCUCAUCACAAUUAGCAAUGAAUGUUAGCUUUUCUCAGAUUUAAAACACGUUUUGCCUCUUGGUUUGGGGGUGGUGAAGGGGAGACGAGACGCAGUGUUCAUAUAGAAUGCUGGGUAAACUCUCCGUCUCAGCUCGUCCAGUGUGCGCAGGACAGGGUUGCCGUGGCAACACAGGGCCCAUCUUCCACCUCGGGCUUGGCAGAGCUCCAGGUUUACAGACUGUAGCACAGACAGGGUCAGAGACAGUGCUGGAGUAUGUCCACAAGAGGCAGAUCCAGUAGAAUCUGCAGUAUGAAGAGGUUGAAGUAUUUGAUAGUGUUGUUGAUUGUGUUCACCUUGUGACAUUUGUUACACAGCGGUCUUGGGAGUUGGAUCAACUAGACGAAAAGACAAAUUAACAUUACUUAUCUGUUUAACCAAUCUGCCUGUGUGCAUAAUGACAUGAGCGUGAUUGCACAUUUAGCAUAUUGUUAAGAUGCCGCAAUAUUGUCUCAUAACUAGCUGUAAUACAGUUGCUUCUGAAAGCUUUGCUAACACAAAAAAAUAAACAUGGUUUCCUCAAUUACUGAUGGUGGUGUCCUCGUCUGAUAAUAGAUCCUCUACAUCCGUCAAACGUGUGUAUGCAGGAGGAGGGGCGGGCACAGGGGACGAACUGGGAGAAAGAAUAGCGUAUUGAAAGAGGAAAUAUCAUGCUAUCUGGCUGCCACAAGGCCUACCUGAGUGGAUUCAGACCUCAGGAGGCUACAGCAGGACGGCUCACCACAGAAGGAGUGAUGACAUAGUGACGACCAUUUCAUGUCCAUGGGGCAUGGAACGGGGUCCCUCAGGAAUUAGGCUUGUCUGCACCUAGCAACCCCACCCAGCCCAAAGCUGUAAACCAAAACUGGGUGGGGACUAAUGAGGUGGGUAAAGACUAGUCUGGUCGCUCGAGACUGGUAGGCGUCUGUUCUCCACAGAGACGCACCGUUCCCCCGUCUGAGUUGCAUGUUGAGGUGAGUAUGUUGGUGUGUUUCCCAGCAAUGUGGGCAUGAUGCCAGACUCCCAGUGAUGCCCUAGGGCUUCUGGGUAAUGUUGCCAGGCGUGUUAGCAUGAGCGUGGUGGGCGGGUGCUCAGCUGUGCCUGGGUCAACGAGAGGCCUCGCUGUAACUCCCUCGGAACCUGCCACCUAACAAAUACACAGCUCAUACACACACACACACACAUCUUAUGCAGUUGCAUUUACUCAUCAAGCAGAGAAAAUACAGGUUAAGAGAUUGCACAAGGUAUGAAAAAGAUAGAUUUUAUUUAAUGACAAAAUAAAACAGAACAGAACCAAAAUAAAACGAAAGAGAUGGGGACCAGCAACAGUACUAUGGAUCCACACAGGUGUUUGGCCUUGCUUCGCCCUCCCCUCACAACAAACAGAACAGACAAACAACAAGAAAA